CGGCGGCGGCUUUGACGUCACUGAGUGACAGCUAGCUGUCAGAGUGAGUCGCCCCCACCGCCAGCGGCAGCUCCGGUCCCCAGGCAGAGAGCUCGUCAUUUUCUCCUGUUUAGUUCAGUCACACAGACGGAGAGCGGACUCGGUGGCGGUGGAGAGACCCGUCCGACUGAUCAGUCGUGCCAGCUCUCCGUGAACCGGUCCUGGACAUGGACGAGCAGGCUGGGCCCGGCGUCUUUUUUAACGCCAACAACAGCUCGGUACUGCCCGGCGGCGUGAAAGGAGCCCAGCCCGGCGAAGGCGGCCCCGGAGCAGGCGGAGGAGAGGCGGCCAGGGCACAGUACAGCAUCCCGGGGAUCCUGCACUUCCUGCAGCACGAAUGGGCCCGGUUCGAGGUGGAGAGGGCGCAGUGGGACGCGGAGCGGGCCGAGCUGCAGGCUCAGAUCGCCUUCCUGCAGGGGGAGCGGAAGGGCCAGGAGAACCUGAAGAAGGACUUGGUGAGGAGGAUCAAGAUGCUGGAGUACGCCCUCAAGCAGGAACGGGCCAAGUUCCACAAAUUAAAGUAUGGCACAGAGCUCAACCAAGGAGAGAUCAAGCCCCCCAGCUACGACUCGGAUGACGGGAACGAGAAUGAGAACGACAUCCAGGGUCCACAGAACAGUCAACUGACCUGGAAGCAAGGACGACAGCUUCUGCGGCAGUACCUACAGGAAGUCGGAUACACAGACACGAUCCUGGAUGUCAAGUCUCAGCGGGUGAAGGUGUUGCUGGGCCUGGCCGGAGACGAGGGGGAGCGAGCGGCCGAGCGCAGCCCAGAAGCCAUGGUCAACGGCAGCGAGCCAGCUCUCAAGGGUGGCAUGGCGAUCGGGAAGCCCGACCUGUCAGACUCUGCAUCUGUGCUGGAGGCGUUCAAGUUCAUCGAGAGUGCUGCGGCUGAGUUCAGCGACGAGGAUGAGGACGAUGACAGUGAGGGGAGGGACAAGACCAUCAUCGACUCCUCUACGAUUGUGCGGAAGAAAGCGCCCUCCUCGCCGUCGUCCUCGGACAUCAGUGAUGACCCCGACACCGAGGAGGCCCUGAAGGGCUUUGACUUCCUGACCAGCCCCGACGAACUGGACGGCUCGCCAGAGUCCAGGAGUGCCGGAGAUGGGACCGACUGGGAGAAGGAAGAACAGUGUCCCAUGUCGGAGGCCUGGGAUGUGGACCAGGGCCUGAUAACCAAACUCAAGGAGCAGUACAGAAAAGAGCGCAAGGGCAAGAAGGGGGUGAAGAGGCCGAAUCGCUGCAAACUGCAGGACAUGCUAGCAAACCUGCGGGAGGCCGAGGAAUUGCCCCCUGCCCAGCCGUCGGCCGCCCCACCCGCGCGGCCCAGCAUGGUCCGCCCCGGCGAACAUGAGGCUGGCCGUGCCGACGAGGUGGAAGCCAUGACGUUCCCCCCCACGUCCGGGAAGUCGUUCAUCAUGGGCGCAGGCGAGGCGAUGGAGAACGAGCUGGGCCUGGGGGAACUGGCAGGCCUGACGGUGGCCAAUGAGGCGGAUAACCUGACCUACGACAUUGGCAAUAACAAAGACGCCCUGAGGAAGACGUGGAACCCCAAGUUCACGCUGCGCAGCCACUUCGACGCCAUCCGCGGCCUGGCCUUCCACCCGGCUGAACCCGUGCUCGUCACGGCCUCGGAGGACCACACUCUCAAGAUGUGGAACCUACAGAAGACCGCCCCCGCCAAGAAGAGCACGGCUUUGGAUGUGGAGCCUAUUUAUACCUUCAGGGCACACCGAGGCUCAGUGCUGUGCGUGGUGAUGAGCACCUCGGGGGACCAGUGCUUCAGUGGGGGUGUGGACGGCACCAUCCAGAGCUGGAACACCCCCAACCCCAACAUCGAUCCCUACGACUCCUACGAGCCCAGCGUCCUGCGGGGGGCGCUGUGUGGCCACACUGACGCCGUCUGGGGCCUGGUGUACAGCUCGGCUCACCAGCGCCUGCUGUCCUGCUCGGCCGACGGCACGGUGCGGCUGUGGGACGCCAGCGACACCUCGCCCGCCCUGGCCAUCUUCAAUGAGAAUGGGGAGCUUGGCAUCCCCUCCUCAGUGGACCUUGUAUGCAGCGAGCCCGCCUACAUGGUGACCUCAUUCAACAGCGGCCGCACGGGGCUCUUCAACAUGGAGACGCGGCAGCUGGUUCUCAGCCUGGAGUCCGUCGGAGAGCCAGGCACUCCCAGUCAGAUUAACAAAGUGCUGAGUCACCCCACCCUCCCCAUCUCCAUCACAGCCCAGGAGGAUCGGCACAUAAAGUUCUUUGACAACAACACAGGAAAACUGAUCCAUUCCAUGGUCGCCCACCUCGACGCAGUCACUAGCUUGGCUGUGGACCCCAACGGGCUGUACCUGAUGUCUGGCAGCCAUGACUGCUCCAUCCGCCUGUGGAACCUGGAGAGCAAGACGUGCAUCCAGGAGUUCACUGCCCACCGCAAGAAGUUCGACGAGUCGAUCCACGACGUGGCGUUCCACCCGACCAAGUGCUACAUUGCCAGCGCCGGAGCCGACGCCCUGGCCAAAGUCUUCGUAUGACACGUCGAACCACCCGCCCUACCGCCCCGCGGACUCAUGGGGGCAGCAAUGAGGCAUGCUUUAGUUGGGGUCACCCCCCCUGCCCCCGUUGUAAUCCCUACCUGUGGGUUCUCCUCCACCCUUGCCCCAUCCGAUAGCACCAGUGGGGUUAGCGGUCGGGGCGAGAGGGGGGUCUGCCAGUUAGCUCCUGCGUCAGAGCAUGAUAACAGUGGGGAGCCAUAAAGUGGGAAGGAUGUUCCAGUGUGGCUCUCCAACCCCCCACCCCCUCCCUUCCCGCCAGGCAUCCAGGCAGGCCUUGGGUGCGGCGGGCCCCGUAUCUGUUCAGCCAGGAGGCCAACGGCCACCAUCGCUGGCGGGGCGGGCCGGGGCACCUCUGUUCUUUCUGUGGUUCCCACAGGCGAGGUGACAAGGUGGACAUUUCCGGAAGCUCGGGCAUGUCACCUCACCAUUGGAGAAUCUCACCACGGAGCUGAGCAGCCCUCCUCUUAAAGAGAGCAUGGCGUCGAGGCUGGCGACCCAGGAGGAGUAUGCCGAUUGGCCACCGUAGAAGCUCCUCCCAUCCCCCCCCCCCCCCCCAAUCCGCCGUGCAUUUAAUCCUCAACGUCUAUAGAACAGGUGCCUUUGCUUCAAAGAGAAGUCUUGAAAAUGUUCUUCUACUUGGUUUUCUUCUUCAGCAGGGAGAGGGUGACUUACGCCAGUGUCAGUUUUUAACUUAGUACAGGAUGUACAAUUUAAAUAACUGUAAUAAACAAAAAGAUGUAUAUUCCAUCAUAAUCGUAAUGUGGCUUUUUGCUUUGUUGGGAGAGUAGAGAAGGGCAGGUGAUCAUGGGUUUAGAGCACCCAGAAUGUCCUGCUAUGUCUGUAGUACCAAGACUGGACCUGGUUCACAGUACUGUCAUGUUUGGAAAAGGCCUUGAACAGAUUCCCACUGUAACUCUGUUCAGACUUGAAGUGAGGUCAGAUCAAGGUAGUCUACAUACACACCUUAUUGUUAUGUAGGCCUACUCAACCACAGAUCCUUGUAAAUUCCGCUUUUAUUUUUCUAACUCAAAGAAAAUUUAAGAGACUUUUAUUUAAGAAGUACAGAAAGUAUACAUGGUUUACUCAUUCUACUUUGAAGGACUCUCCCAGCUUCAAGAAUCCUUGUAUUAGAUUAGAUAUUUUUGGAUAUACACGAAAUAUUCCUGUUGUUCUUUAAGAGCCUUUUUUUCUGUAUCUGCUGUUCAAGUGAGAAAAAUAACAUUACAGAGCAAUAUAGCUGACGUUUUAUCACGUGAAAUCAGUGAAAUGCAUCCUGCGUUGGGCGUUUCCUGGACGUGGUGGUACACCAAUCACUACCUUCUCCGCAGCCUGUCUCUCUUUGAUGUUUUGAUUAUAAAUACAUUUAAGGUCGAUGAAGUGUGUAGACCAAAAUCUUAGGGUUGUUUUGCCAGUGUCGUGAUAUAUUAAGAAAACUAAUUACAUGAAAUCAAGUGAGACACGUACCCCUUCGUUUUUUUAUACAGGCUGGAUCCGUUACGGGGUGGGGGCUUCUGUCAGAAUCAUUUGAAUGUGAUUUCCUGAUCGUUUGAGCCAGGAAACGCCCUUUUCCCCUGCUCUCUGACAAACUGCAUUUAAAAUAGCAUGCAGUGAAACGCUCUUUUGUUUACCUUUAGUUGUUUUUUUUUUUUUCGUUGUAUAUUUAUUUUAUCAUCUCUGUACUAAUUUCAACCAAAACUUUAGACGCAGCAGGUUAAAUGUGCGGUAACGUGUGAACGAGGGGCCGUGUUUGUCAGGUAACUAAGGGUGUCUCUGGCAUGGGGCUGUGAUUCUGACCCUCAAACUCCACUGGGAGUUCGAAUGCCAAACGAAACCUGUACUGAACAUACUUUGCGCAGAUUCCUGCUCCUAUGCUAAGGUGUCAUUGUCAUAAUGUGACAAUGUGUAUAUAAGAACUGGGCACAAGUAACGUUUGUCUGUUUGAUGUCUGAGCGGUGUAGGAGGGAGAGAUGUGUGAUUAGAUAAAAACUGGUUUAUUUUAAAGAUUUUUUUUGUUUUUUUUUUUUCCUCUACAAUUACUUGAAAACAAAGUGAAUCUUUCGGAUGAUUGUUGUGUAGUCAUUGAUUGUAUUGGUGUGUAUGGUUGAGUUUGUCGUUCUUCCAAUGAUUAAUAUGCCUCCAGAAAAGACAAAAGACAUAGUGACACAAACUAAAACAAAAGAUCUUUCAUUCCGGGUCAUUUUGGUCUGUACAGUUUGCAGCUCACCACGAUCGACAGGGAUUUCGCUGUUUACCAAAUGUUGUGGUUUCUAAUCGAGAUGUUCCUAUCGCCAGGGAUAGUGGGGAAAUCAUUGGGUAUAUGUAUCUGUUUGCAUAGUACAGAAAAAAUAUUUUCCACGGUGUUUUGGUGCAUCAGUUAUUAAUUUUAGAACUGUAAAGAUUAAAAUCUGAAAAAAAUAUUUAGUUUUAAAGUAUUAAAGAUCUAUUUAUAAAUAUACAAUAUAUAUGGAAAUGCAUAAAGUGACGUGAAAUGGAAUCAGUUUGGUGUGCUUCUCGUGGUAAUCAUGUCGUCUUGUUCAAUACCAUGCUGUCAGCUCAGGGGAGGGCAGAGCUCCCCCUGCUGAUCGGAGACAGAAAAGGACUGAAUGACAGCACUGAGGCCCCGCCUGAUGUCCCUAGUACGGCAUUAAGAUGCAUGCACAGUGUCGCUUAGCAUUAACCUGUGUGAACGAUCUGAACAUGGCCAGCUGUCGGACACCUAGCUGUCCCAAGAUGGCUGAAUAGCCUCAUGCUCAUUUUUAGUCUUCAGAAAUGUCAACUAACAUAGAAUAACUUGGGGUGACGUGGAGUAUUAAUGUGAGUGAGGUUUUCUUUCUUUCGAAGACGUAAACACAAGUCCGUCACCACCUGGCUCAGUGGCUAAUGCUAACAGAGCUAAAGCAUUCCCCGCCCGCCCCUCUGCCGGUCACAUGUCCGCAGGAUCGCACUGCAUACCUGCCUGCCCCCAACCCACAUCAGGCUUUGAGUAGACGGCCGUCCGCAUGCUCUUCUGAGCACCUCUUGUCAUCCAGGGCACGUCAGAGCAAUGUCCCUCUGAAUCGAGAGACGACGACCGUAAGUAAGCCUGACUCGUAGAUUUUAAUUAGCCAUACUUGUAGAUGCUCGCAUCCCACCUCGGAGCUAUUCCUGCGAGCUCCUGCUGUAGCCUGAGGCAUCCGGCUGUCAUAGGCUGUGCUCGGGCUCAGAGCUCGAGGCUGCAUCUCCAUGCCGAGGCCCCGUGGCGACCCAUCGCGGUGACGUAUCUGCCAUGCAGGCCGGGGGGCUCUGCUGUUGCUCGCCAUUCCCGUUCUCUCCUGAACACUCCAAACCCUGUCAGAUGGUGCAGGGGAGACAGGAGACCCCCAGCAUAAAUAAAUGCCAGAAGGCCCCCACUCUCCUCUAUCCCUGCACAAAGCUAGUCCAUUGAUACCGUUUAACGAUUCUACUGCCCAGAACUGCAGAAAGGUUCUGGGGUGGGCCUGUGGGGUGGGAGGGGUUUGAUUUGGGCUGGGAUCACACAGCGCGAUAGGGCCAAACAGAUGUACAGAUAAUUAGCCCUGCAUAGAGGAAACCGCAGUGGGUUCUGGGAUGCACCAAGUCAGCCUGUACAGUAGCACCAUUGCUGUUUCAAAGUACAGUUGUAUAGAGAAUUCUUAAAGAUGUGUAUUUGAUAAAUAUGCUAAUUUUCCUGUACAGACCUUAUUAUAGUUUAUUCUUUUUUCCAUGUUGUAUUCUCCUUUUCCCAAAUGGGGGAGUGACAGAUUUAUCAAUAACAGUAAUAAAAGAAUGUUGUAUUUCA